AUGCAGUUCAAGAACAUUGCCCUCGUUGCCUUUCUCGGUUUUGUUGCCGCCUCCGAGUCCGUUCCCGAGUCUGUGGACGACACUCCCGUGAACCUCGACGAUCUGACAGCCGAGGAGGCUGCCUUCUUCAUGGACAAGCUCAAGAACAAGUGUCCGAUGAUGAAGCAGCCCCAGGAGUCGUGCCCUAAGCAGUCGUGUCCCAAGCAGCGUCAGCAGUCGUGUCCCGCUUGCCCCAAGCAGCAGUCUUGCCCCAAGCAGCAGUCUUGUCCUAAGCAGCAGACCAAGACGGUCACAAAGACCAUGAGCAAGCAGGGAGCGGCCCAGACCAAGACCGAGACCUCUACCCAGGUCCAGUUCCAGACUCUGACCGAGACUCAGACCCUGUAUGAGACUCAGUGGCAGACUCAGUGGCAGACCGAGUACCAGACCCAAUACCAGACUCUGUACGACACCCAGUGGCAGACUCAGACGGUUCAGGGGCCCACUCAGUACGUGACCGAGACCCGGACUGUUCAGGGCGCUCCUCAGUACGUGACUGAGACUCAGACGGUUCAGGGUCCCACUCAGUACCAGACUGAGUAUGUCACCAAGACCACCCAGGGAGCUCCUCAGUACAUCACCGUCAGUGGAGCUCCUCAGUACCACACCGUCACCAAGACUGUUCAGGGCCAGAACCAGUACGUCACCAAGACUGUUCAGGGCCAGAACAAGUACAUCACCAAGACUGUGCAGGGCCAGAACAAGUACGUCACCAAGACGGUGCAGGCGCCCGCCCAGACCAUCACCCAGACGGUCCGUGGUGCUCCUUCGCUGGUCAAGGUUCCUGAGUAUGUUACUGUCACCUCCACUGUCACUGUUGGCAAGAAGCACCAGCACCAGCCCAAGAAGGAUUGCAAGAACCGAAACUGCCAGUGA